AUGGAUUUUGUCAUAGAGUCAUUUAGAAAAAAUGUAAAAACAGGCCCUCAAUUUGUUUGCUCAGUUUGUCAUCGUCAGCUUUUUCGAAAACAAGUUGUUGAAUGUAAACAUGAUCGGUAUACAACUAGUACAACUGUUGCUGAUUUGGCUAAACAGUGUAUCACAAAUACAUAUUUACAGACUUGUAAUGAAAAAUGUGAUGACAAUUGCACUAAACAUAAUCAAUCAUCUAAGCUGUGGAUAUGUCACACAUGUGACCGUAAAAUUUGUGCUGGUAGAAUGCCUCAAGACAGUGUAGCCAACAAUAUGCAUUUGCAACCCAUUCCUUUAGAGCUUAAAUGUUUAAAUUCACUUGAGCAGCACUUAAUAGCUAAACAUAUUCCAUUUAUGAAACUCUUGGCAUUACCAAAAGGUGGACAAAAUGGUUGCCAUGGACCAGUUGUGUGUGUUCCAUCUAAUGUCAAUCAAGUAACAAACAUGCUCCCACGAAAUGAUGGAAAUGAUUUAAUGCUACGAAUUAAACUAAAACGCAAGUUAACAUACAAAGGACAUUAUGAAUAUAAACAUGUUCAUACAAAUCAUGUCUACAAUGCAUUGGAUUACUUAAAGUUAAACAACAAAUGGUACAAUGACAUUAGCAUUAAUAAUAAAUGGGUAAACCCUUUAGAGAAAGUGACCCAUGUGCUAAUCAAUGAAAAUCAACAAGAUAUCAUUACUAACUCUCUCAAUAAUUCAGACAACAGUGAUUCUGAAAAUGAUCAACCUGAAGAAGAGUUCACAUACAUUGAGCAAACGCAUGGGCUGUUUCUAGAUACAUGCUUACAACCAGUAGAUAUUUCUCAAGAAAUUUUGGAUCAACAUUUUGACUCUGUGUUAUCAGUUGCCCCUGCUGAGAAUAAUCAUCCCAUAAGACUGUUAGAAGAUGCUACAAAUGAAGGAAAAUGUUUUCCUAUUUUAUACCCCACAGGAGGUCCUACGUUUCAUGACUAUCGCAAAGAAAAAAUAACACUGGCAAGAUAUUUGAAUACACGAUUACUAAAUGCUGAUGGCAGAUUUGCUAAAAACACUGACUAUAUAUUCUAUGCCCAGUACAUAUCAGAAGUGCAACAAGUUCUUUCAAAUGUUUCAAUAGCCAUGCGCAAAGGUUCAGGCAAAGAAUUGAACUACAAAGAACAGCCCAAUUUGCUAACUGAUGCAGAAUCUUUAAAACAGGUAUUAAAAAAUGACGAAGGUUACAAGUUCUUACGACCUAUACGCGGAACACCCCUUUUUUGGCAAUGUGCACAAAAAGAUUUGUUUGCUAUGAUACGACAACUAGGAAUUCCCACAUGGUUUUGUUCAUUUUCCUCAGCUGACAUGCGCUGGCCUGAAAUGAUGACAACUCUCAGUCAUGAACAAAGUAAACAUGUGCCUAUAGAUGAACUGACUUGGUCAGAAAAAUGUGCAUUGUUAAAACAAAACCCAGUUACAGCUGCAAGAAUGUUUGACCACAGAUGGCACAGUUUCUUAACCCUUGCAGCACAAGGGUUAAAAGAUGUGAUUAUGUCUCCAGCAGGUCCUAUUGGACAAAUAACUGACUUCUUUUACAGAAUUGAAUUUCAAAACAGAGGCUCUCCUCAUUGUCAUUGCCUGUUCUGGGUGAAAUCAGCACCUCAAAUUGACAAAGACCCAGAUGAGAAAGUUGUAGAUUUUGUUGACAAAUACGUAUCUUGUGAACUGCCUACAUCAGAUGAUGAAGAACUGUAUGAGAUUGUAAACACUGUGCAAAAACAUAGCACUAAGCAUUCCAAAACCUGUCGGAAAAAAAGAACUGAAUGCCGGUUUAACUUCCCACGACCUCCAUCUUGUAGAACAUUUGUUGAUCAAAACUUAAAACACCACCCUUCACAACAGCCAGAUCAAUGCAAUUCUGAAGAAUUAAAAGCAAUAAAUGAAGAACAGGAAUUGAGAAAACUCAUGACACCAGACAUUGCUAAAAAUAUUUUGAAAUUAAUCAGAGAAAGUUUAAUAUGUACUGACCAAACAUUUGAGUCCACAGAGGAACUCUUUGAAAGCAUCAACAUUUCUCAAUUGCUUUUUGAAAUAGCAAAUUCAAAACUAACUAAUAAAACAAAUUUGGUGUUAAAAAGAAAACCUGGUGACAUUUGGAUUAACCAAUACAAUAAAGAUCUGUUACGAGCUUGGAAUGCCAACAUGGAUAUUCAGUACAUUGUGGAUGCAUAUUCUUGUGUUGUGUAUAUUAUUUCUUAUAUUUACAAAGCAGAGAGAGAAAUGGGAUUGUUACUAGAUAAAGCACAAAAAGAAGGAACUAAAGGCAAUCUGGAUGCUAAAGCUGCAUUCAAAUCACUUGGCAGUGUUUACCUUCAUAAUAGAGAAGUGUCCGCACAAGAGGCAGUAUAUAGACUGACUGGAAUGCAUUUAAAGGAAUGCUCAUGCAAAGUAACUUUCAUACCGACAGGAGAACACCCUAUGCGCAUGAGUUUACCUCUCAGUGUAUUGCAAGAACGGAAAAACUAUGACAACAGUCAACAAGAUACCAUGUGGAUGACAAGUGUAGUAGACCGGUAUAAACACAGACCACAAUCACCACCAUUUCAAAACAUGUGCCUUGCCACGUUUUGCUCAGAAUAUCGUGUCUUGAGUCAAAGUGAAGUUCCAAGUAAUCAAAAUCAAUCUGUUGUUCAACUUGAGGACAACUACGGCAACAUUCAAAAAAGAUCACGCACAGAACCAGCUGUUAUUAGAUAUGCAAGAUUGUCACCUACAAAAGAUCCAGAAAAAUAUCAUCACAGCCAGUUACAACUGUUUUUGCCUCACUACAAAGAUUGUGAGUUGAAACCACAUCCGUUUGUGUCAUAUGAAGAUUUUUACAAUGUUGGGAUUGUACAUUAAUUUAAUGAUGACCAAGACACAGUUAAAGCAAUUGUUGACAACAACAGGUCCUUGUAUGAACAAAAUUCAGACAAACUAGAGUAUGCACAAUCUGUUAUGGAACAGCAAGACUCGUCCAUUUCAGACGAGUCUGAAAUGGAACGCCUUCAAUGUUUACAAUCCCAGGAGAUCGUCGACCAUGAACAUGAUUUACAUCAAAUUUCAGAAAAUGUUCCAGAUUUGACAGAAAAUGUUCCUGCAACUGGUAACAUAGAAGCCAGAAAAACGUUCAUGACUAAAGACAUUGCUUGGAAUAUAAUAAGAUCCUUAAAUGAUGAACAAGCAUGCAUUUUUUACAAACUACGUCAAUGGAGUUUAGAAACCGUUUGGAGACAAAAUCCACAACAAAUUAAACUUUUUGUCACUGGCGGAGCAGGCACAGGAAAAAGCCAUUUGAUUAAAGCCAUACAUUAUGAGUUGUCUAGAAUUUUAGCACAAGUAUGUACAAACCCUGAUGACACUACUGUGUUGUUAACAGCUCCAACUGGCGUUGCUGCAUAUAACAUUGGCGCUACUACUAUACACAAUACAUUUUGCAUUGGCACAGAUGUGCGAUUACCAUACCAGCCAUUAGGCGAGGAAAAGAUUAACUCUUUGAGAGCUAAACUAUCCAAUUUACAACUGCUGAUUAUAGAUGAAAUAUCCAUGGUAGACACCAGACUGUUUGCAUACAUUCAUGGACGACUAAGACAAAUAAAACAAUGCGGAGAUCAUUCUUUGUUUGGAAAAGUUAGCAUUGUUGCUGUUGGAGAUUUUUACCAGUUACCACCUGUGAAAGGGAAACCACUUUACAGCGAUAUGCCUGGACUGAAUAUUUGGAACGAUCACUUUGAAAUUGCACAGUUGACCCAAGUUGUGAGACAAAAAGAUUCUACUUUUGCUGAGUUACUAAAUUGCAUACGUGUCCGUCAAAAAUCAACUGCUAUGUUGCCUACCGACACUGAAAUAUUGAAACAGUGCAAAAUAGCAGAAGAAAUGAAUGUGUUGCACAUUUAUGCUACUAACAACCAGGUUUGCGAUUACAACUCCAAAAUGCUAAAUUCAGUUUGCCAAAAUGCUGUAACCAUUGAAGCACAAGACUUUGAUCGUAACCCCAAAACAGGACGUAUGGAAAGAAAGAAAGGCCACCACACCAAAGUUUUUAAUACUUGUCUAAAGCCAAGUGUCUGUUUGGGCAAACAAGCUCGCAUCAUGCUGACUAAAAACAUUGAUGUUUCAGAUGGACUUGUUAAUGGUGCCUUUGGGACAGUUGUCCAAAUAAUGUAUGAUACUGACAAUGAGUUUCCCUCAAAAAUACAUGUUGAAUUUGAUGACAACAAAAUUGGACAGCAACAAAGAGCUAAAAUACGCAAACCAAAUAAUACUGCACAAAACAUCACAAUCAUUAAACCUGAAGAAGAAAAAGUCUCUAACAAUGGUGGCGUACGGCGUCAGUACCCAUUACAAUUAGCAUGGGCUUGUACUGUUCACAAAGUUCAAGGUCUAACAGUCAACAGCGCAGUAGUAAACUUGAAAAAAAUAUUUGCACCAGGACAAGCUUAUGUAGUUUUAAGCCGAGUUUCCUCUCUGUCAGGCCUAGUAAUAGAAGACUUCAAAGAAUCAGUUAUUUAUUGCAAUAACACCAUCAAAGAUCACAGCCUCCACCACUGCCCCCAGUACCACCAUCCACCACUGCCCCCACUUAUAAGGUAA